GCACUCCUUAGCAUAUUAGCAGAGCCAGCUCAGACCCAGAGAGAGCGCUGGCCAGAACAGAUGGUGCAUGGAGUUUCUCUAGCACCUUCCCACCUGCUACACAGCUCUGCAUUAACUACCUCUUUACCCACUACUGCUAGCAAUCUUUAACCGGCACCUUUUUUUUUAAAAAAAAAAAAUUAUUAUUAUUUAAACAUUGCAACAAUUUUAUAUAAAAAUAAGGAUUUAGAGAAAGCAAGAGAAUUCUUUUUUUUUUUUGUAUAUGUUUUGUAUCUAUGCACUGGAGUUAGAGGGGCAGCCUGCGAAGACUUGGAUGCUUUAUUUAUAGCGGCUGGUGAAUUCGCUUGGGACCAUGCACACCGUGCAAAAAGACACAACUUUCACCAAGAUUUUCGUGGGGGGUCUCCCGUAUCACACGACGGACGCCUCUCUCCGGAAAUAUUUCGAUGUUUUUGGGGAUAUCGACGAGGCGGUGGUCAUUACGGACAGACAGACGGGAAAGUCGAGGGGAUACGGCUUUGUGACCAUGUCGGACCGAACUGCUGCAGAAAGAGCGUGUAAAGACCCAAACCCCAUUAUUGACGGCCGUAAAGCCAACGUCAACCUCGCGUACCUAGGAGCCAAGCCAAGGAACCUGCAGAGUGCAUUUACUAUAGGAGUCCAGCAGUUACACCCAGCCUUCAUCCAGCGACCAUUCGGGCUGACGCCUCAGUAUAUCUACCCACCCGCCAUCGUCCAGCCAAGUGUGGUCAUCCCAACGCCAAUCUCUUCCCUGCAGUCUCCAUAUAUUGACUACAAUGCUGCUACUCAAGCCUACACCCAUUACACCACUGCGGCCUAUGAACAGUAUCCCUAUGCAGCCUCCCCGGCAACCGGAUACAUGGGCUAUGGAUAUACUAGCGCAGUCCAGCAGCCGAUUUCCGCUACUCCCACCACCGGAGCUCCUCCCACUGCGUACAUCCAAUACCAGCCUCAACAGCUCCAGCCUGACCGAAUGCAGUAAAACGCACGCAGACACUAGAUUCCUUGUUGCCCCCCAGCCAAUGGAUGGGGAGAAAUGUAACAAUAAUAAUAAUAAUACAAGAUGGGGAAAGUGUUGCGAAUAACACAGUAAGAAAAUGCUGCAAUUAAGUUCUGUGGAUCCCUGAGCUUUCAGUUCUGCUCCAGGCAUUAUUGGUGGGUCAUGCGCGUUUAGGACAGGUCAUGGUGUUCUUUGGCAGAUUCUAGGCAAGAAGAGAAGCUUGUUGGCUACAGAAGAAUAAAACUGGGGGGCGUUAACUCUAUGCCUCAUCUCUGCAAAAAAAAAAAUUCAAUAAAAAUUUUAAUAAAAAAAGAAAAAAAACAAACAAAAAACCACAAGGAUCUUCAUAAGGUACUCUGAACACAGAAAUAAUUAUUAUUUUUGGGGUGGGGACUAAAAAUAUAAUACUCAGCAAUGCCUUAUAGAAAUAACUAUUUUUUUGAAUAUUUAUUGCAAAAAAGAAAAAAAAAAAACCCUCCCCGUAUUUUUCACCUGAGCUGUGAAUUGCUGUCUGACAUUAAAGCAAGCACCCACCUCAUUUAAUUUUUUUUUUUUUUUUCCCCUAAAUUAUUGUAUUUUUUUUUUUUUCUUAAUUUGCUGACUAUUUCAAUAUGCAAUUGGCGGAGCACGGACUUGGACAGAAAUCAGCGCUGGUUCGUCCGGCGCGGGAAAGGCAAGAGCAGGGGCCGCCGUAGUCAAAGCACUGUAAUAUUUUAUUGUAACUGUUAAUUCAGUUCAGAUACUUCUAUUAAAGUACAUGUAUAACU